AUUCCGUGCCCGGUUGGAACUUUUGUUCUAAUUGGAACUUUUGUUCUACCCGGGGCGCAUUAGAACCUGUUCUUUUGCGCGGGGUUGCUGGUCCUCUAUCGGACGCGUGCCAGGUGGCGGAUAGGUUAGCUUCCUAGAAAUAGGUGGUAUCGAGGAAAUCAAAUACUCGACGCGGACCAAAACCAGCAAACAAGAAACAUCCAUCAUGAGCGAUUGUAAAAACGAGGAAGAGUACCUGCGGGGUAAUGCUACGGCUAAAUCCCUCACUGGUUCCGAUCGUCAAGCGCUUUCGAGCGUGAGGGCGGUGGCCAGUGGCCCAAGGAUGCAGGAGGGCAACAACGCGUUGGUAGUGCCACAGAUCAUCGUGGACAGGUCGGAGAGACGAGGGAGUACGAGCAGCGUGACGAGUCAAGCCAGCUGCAUUUCUGUCUUCAGUAAUGCCUCGGCAAAGGACAUUGCAAGCUGCAACCAAGAUCGAGAUGAAUGCGUUAAGCUGCGGGAGGAAGAGGCAGCGAGCAUUCUAGAAAUGGAGGAGGAGGUCAGCAAGAUGCUGAAGUCCUGUGAAGUCCAGAAGAAUGUCAAUAGGACAAUCAAGGAUGGACUCAAAAGCUUAACAUCGCUCAUAAGGGACGUAAAGGAGAAGCACGCAGCAGCUACGAAAAAGGACGAGAGUUUCUACCAGGGUUUGACCUGGUCUGAAGAAGCUAGACAAGAUCGCAGAGCUAGACGAGAUCGCUGUAACGCGAUCGUGUUGAGAAACGUCGUCUUGGAUGCUCAGAAGCGGAAGAGAAGUGAUCCUGAGCCUGCGAAGGAUCCAAAAAGGAAAAAGGAGGAGAAACCAAAAAAGACUGGAGGCAAGGGGAACAAAACGGUUCCAAAGCCAGACCAGGUCAAGAAGGGAAGAGCCACAGUGAUCGUUAAAGUGGCCGAAGGAAAGACUUUCGCUGAAGUGCUGGCGAAGGUUCGAAGGGAGGCUGACCUGGAGGCCAGCCAGACAAGGGUUGUGGGAGCUUUACCCACUAAAAAGGGAGACCUUCUCAUUAAAAUUGGAGGGUCUUCAAACAAGAAACUGUUCACCGAGGAGGUGACAAAGGUGAUCGGCGAUUUGGGUAAGGUGCAGAUGGCGGAUCGGCGAACUACGCUGGAAAUCCGCGACAUGGAUGCCCUUACUGAGAAGAAAGAUGUUGAGGAUGCCCUGGAGAAAGUUUCCACAGUUCCAGCUGGAAGCAGAAAGGUGACGGUCCUUGGGCCAAAUAAGCGAGGAGUGAAACUCGCUGUUGUGGUCACCAGCCAGGAAGAUGCUGAUAAGCUGGAGAAGGUGGGUCACGUAAAGAUUGGAUUCGUGUCCUGCAGGAUCAGAAGUAGAGCGAUGGUCAAAAGGUGCCAUAGGUGUCUUGACUAUGGUCAUAUAGGUCGAGACUGCAAUGCAGUAGAUAGGUUGGCUGCGUGCUUUAAGUGCGGAGAAGCCGGCCAUAAGGCAGCAGACUGUAAGAAGAGCCCAUGCUGCUUCUUAUGCAAGGAGAAGUUCGGCGAAAAGGAGAACAUCCAACAUGUCGCCGGAUCAGGGAGUUGCAAGGUCUUCAGAACUGCCCUCGAGGAAGCAAAGAAGACUUUGUCAAGGACAAGGAGAAAAUAAGGCCAGAACAAGAGCGGCACGGGAGAGUUGCGCCAGCGACUACAUGGAACCAUUCAUCUACGAAGUCUGAAGCCACUAGGUAGUUCCGUAGGUGGAUAGAAGGUUCGAAACCCAGGGGAAACAAGAAGAGGUUUUAGUCGGUAGGGUGACUGCCGUUAAAAGCAGAGAAAAGAAUGCUAAAAAAAAGUCUGGAAAAUCCACAAAUGCAGAUUUAGAAAGUGAUAGUUCAAAGUCUUCUAAAACAACGAGAAGAGACUUUAACUAUGGCUCUGAGCCGGAGCUAUCAAAUGAUUUGCA